AUGGCUGAGUGGUUCCACUCAAUCUGUGGUCACACAAAAAUGGCCUUGAAUAGCAGCGCGAACACUCAUCCUUCCAAAUUCAUUGAAAGCCUUACAUAUGAAUCGAAGCUUUUAAAAUCUGGUAAUGGAACAGCACCAGAAAAUAGUAUGAUGAACCUCGCUAACUCAGAUCGUCGGCUCCUGGAAAUGCGAAAGAAGUUCCGCAGCGAAAUCGCUGAAAGCAAAAAGAAACGUGAAGACCUUGCGGUGAGACAGGAAGAUUUGCGCUACCAAAUGAAACGCUUUGAAGGUUUUAUUCGCGAUAAUGAAGCAAAGCGCAUUCGGGCCGUCAAAAAGUACUUGACUGAGCGACAGAUAAUCGAGGAAAAGACCAAAGAAGGCGUUGAGCUCAGGGUGGAAUUUGGGAAAGCCAAAAUCGCAUACGAGGAUAUGAGGCGGAAGGUGGAGGAAUACAAGAAGUACGAAUCAUACCUUUUAGACGUCAUUGACCUCCUUCCACCGGACUACAUAAAAAUAGCAGACAACGUUCUUGUUGGCUUAAUAAUGCGCUACAACACUCUUUACGGAACUUACCAAUCACUCCUGGCUGAGAUGAAUACAAAAUCUAAGAAUAUUCGUGAGGCACACACUCAUCUACAGGCGCUUCGCGAGGAGCACGCCAGCCGAAUUCUCACUCUCAACUCCAAACUUGCCGACCUCUAUAAGGAGCGAGCUGCCAACAACGAGCAGCUUCAACAGCUUGUUCAAAAAUUCGACCAGGGCCACAAGGAUCUGCGAAAACAGUUGGAACUGUUCGGAACAGUGAUUCGGUCAGUCGAUAACCUCGUGGAUAAAUGCGGCUGGCCUUACACUACUGCAGUAGAGGAAAAUGAAACCUUGUGCACCAAAUUGGUUCGCAUAACGGAGUACAUUGUCACUGUGCGGAUGAUCCUCGCGGCGAUCAAUGCGAACAGCGGUAAAGCCGAACGUAAACAACCACCGAAGAAUCGCGGUGCCACCCCCGAAUGA